AACGGGAAUUUCCCCGUGCGAGGUGACGUCGCCGAGAAUGGCCGCCACCCGGGUCUCACUCGCGACGACGUCGCCCAUGACUAUAACCGGCCCCUGCCAGCCGCCACUGCCAGGAUGCCCGAUUGCUUCUACACCGGCGGAAACUUCUUCACGCGACGUCGCCGAGGCCGGGAGAAUCGCCACCCCCCGCGCGACGCCCGUCGACUCUGGCCGGCCGGUCGCCAGUCGCAAAGUCGUGAGGACCACGCAACUUGGGCGCUCGGCCCCCACCACGCGGAGGGGCGGAUCGGAGCGAGCGAGCAAGCCUCAUCGUCAUCACUCAUCCGUCAUCGCACGACCCGGCGGAAGGCACAAUGGCAAGCGCGUCCCGGCCGCCGGAGCCAGCGGCAGCAGCUCUCCAGUCUCCAACCCACCAACGUAAAGCGAACCUGCCGUCUCUUCGGAGUUGUCGCAGUCAGCCCAGUGAAAACCAAGGCGAACUGGCAAGCAUCAGAAAAUGAAUCCUGCUGGCGUGCCAUCGGUUCAUGGACGGCUUUGCCUCCCCCGUUUCCGACUCGUGCUACAAAUGUUCGCCAUCCGCAGCAUCGGAAGCUCACACCUUCUCUGGCUGCCCUCGAAGUUGCAGCGACAAGGAGCAGAGCAGGGUUACUUCGAGCUCGAGCUAGUGAGUAGUGAGAGGGAUACUACACGAAUUGAAGAAACCCCCCUCUUCCCCCGCCGUCGUCUCGAUCGCCCAUGGCGGACCGCGUUCGGAUGGCCAUUGUUCUCGGCGUGGGCGGCGCCGCGGCCGGCGGGCCCGAGGCGGUCCGCCUCCUGCUGGCCGUCGCCGGGCGGAGCGCCGCAGCUGACGUCGCCACCUCCGCGUUCCUCAUCUGCGCCUUCACCGCCCUUGUCCUCGGGAACUUGCUCCUCGCGCGCUUCCUCCGCGACGCGCGCCGUAACGCGGAGGCACACGCGCCGGCGCCCGGGACGGAGCGCUUCGCGAAGAUGACGGCGGCGGCGGCCCUGGCCGCCAUGUUCGUCGUCACCGCCUGCCUGCUCGCGCUCCCGUCCAUCCCCGCGCCCGGUGGCGCGGCGCGCUCCUGCCUUGCCUGACGCGACACGCCCACACCCACACGACGUGCUGAGUGCUGACUACAUACGGUUAGUUUCACUGUAUCUAAUAAGGCGUAGUUCAGUGCCAUGUACCCUCUUGCAAGUAUUUUGCGUGCUGUGUAUAUCCGUCCGAAAUAUGAUCUUUCUAGUAGUACGGCGUAUCAUUUUGAGAUGAA